CACACACCACACACACAUACAUACACACACAAACACACCACUUACAUUCACACUUGUACAAACACAUACGAACGCACGGAGGAGACUAAAGAGAGUCCCCCUCGUUCAACGGCGCCAAUUUAAUGGAUCCGACCAUCGGUUGGUACCAACCGGAGCAGUACGGCCCUGCUAAGGACCUUUGGUUACACAUUUGGGAGGCCGAGAAGGGUCUUGACGUUCUGACCCUGCGUAACGACGCGAAUACAAGUAAUGCGAUGGGCGUACGGCUGCAGCAGGACUUUCUCGCGCUGGACACGAGCCCGGCGGCAGCGACGACGACGGCGACGGCAACGACUGCGGCUGGCAUCACGCCGUUAUCCAACAGCACCGGCACCGGCAACGCUGUCGGUGUCGGCUUCGGCGCUGGUAACAACGGCAAUGGCAACGGCAACGGCAACGGCAACGGCAACGGUAAUGGCAAUGGCAAUGCCAAUGUCAAUGCCAAUGCCGGCAACAGUAGCAACGGUAGUAACGGCCGGCCUACAUCCGCCGCCGUUCACAGCAGUGCCACUGGCAAUGGCAAUGGCGAGCACCGCGUGCCCCACAACGCCUGCAACUAUUAUUACAACCCGUCCCGCAGGAAAGGCGAAAAUCGGGCGAGCACCUACGGCAUGAACUAUAAUUACGACGCCCUUGUGGGCGAGUACGGCGGCUGUCCGUGGCGUGUGACCAAUAAGCAUUACUCCAUGGGGACAAUCGGAUUACAUGAGGAAAUAGAAGAUUUUUUUUCAUAUAUGUGCCCCUCGCACGAAGAACAUGUAUUAAGAUUGAGAGUUGUAAAAAGGAUAGAAAAUGUAAUUUAUGAUCUCUGGCCAGACUCUAAAGUCGAAGUAUUUGGUAGCUUUCGCACUGGUUUAUAUUUGCCUACAAGUGAUAUAGAUUUGGUAGUAAUAGGGAUGUGGACAAAUCUCCCUUUGCGUACUUUGGAACGUGCUUUAUUAGAUCGAAAUAUCGCUGAACCAUCUUCUAUUAAAGUGUUGGAUAAGGCCAGUGUACCGAUCGUCAAACUGACUGAUAAGGAAAGUGAAAUUAAGGUGGACAUUAGUUUCAACAUGAAUAACGGCGUCAAAUCUGCAGAGUUGAUAAAUUCCUAUAAGAGGCAAUAUCCGGUUCUGGAGAAGUUAGUCAUGGUGUUAAAGCAAUUUCUACUACAAAGAGAUCUUAAUGAAGUGUUCACUGGCGGUAUAUCUUCAUACAGUUUAAUACUCAUGACCAUCAGUUUUUUACAAUUACAUCCGAGAAAGGAUAUUCAUUGCCCAAAUACUAAUCUGGGAGUGUUAUUGAUUGAAUUUCUGGAGUUGUAUGGGAGAAAGUUCAAUUAUGUUAAGACUGGCAUUCGCAUAAAGGAUGGUGGUCAAUAUAUAUCGAAAGAAGAGAUUCAACGAGAUAUGAUAGAUGGUCAUCGACCAUCUCUAUUAUGCAUAGAAGACCCACUCACACCUGGGAAUGAUAUCGGCCGUAGUAGUUACGGUGCUUUGUAUGUAAAGAGUGCAUUUAAUUGGGCCUAUUGUAUUCUCUCUCAAGCGGCCAAUCCCUCAAAUAUAUUAAUCAAUGACGCUAGUAAAGUAAGCAUACUGGGAAGAAUAAUCCGUGUGACCGAUGAAGUAAUAUACUAUCGUAGGUGGAUCAAAGAAACAUUCCUCUUACCCGUAGGCGAAGGAGACUCUCUGUCAAGCUCAACUGGUUCUGAUGCAUCCACUCUUUCAGCUCCCGCUAGUGAUACGGAUUCUGAGUGUAGUCGUGGCAAUUCUCCGAACACUGGUGGGAAGAGCGAAAAUGACAAAAACAAAGAUAGGCACUUUUAUAAUAGUCAUCAAAUCCACAAUUAUUCUGGAAGAAAAGCAUUCAAAGCAACCAUUCAUGCUAAUCAUCAACAAAGUUUCAAAGGCAAUUAUCAUCGCAUCAACAACAAUAUAGUCGGUCAGAACAAAGCCAAGCAUGCACUCCACAGUAAUGGAAACAACAAUAAUAAUAAUAACAAUACUAGUCACAGUCCAAGCUCUAGGCCACAUUCGAUAAAGAGGAAAAAACAAUGCACAAUGCAACGUGGAACCGGAGAUUGUGUACGGUGAUGAAAUGUA